ACAGUCAUGUACAAAAAAAUAGCAUACUUUGAGAAUGUAAUAAAAAUACGUAUAUUUUUCAUAUAAACAGAAAACAAAUAAUAUUUUUUUUGUUACUAUCGCAUAAAGUGAGAAAUAAAGUAGUGACAAAAACUUUUCACCAUUUGUUGAGCAAAAAGUGGUGUUACAAAACAAAAAUACACAAAUAUCACAAAACUAACUAAAAUAAGAUAUUUACAGUUUUUCCCAAAUACAAGAAAUACAAAAAUACAAACGUUUUAACUAACUAAACCACAAACCGGGCGCGAAACCCAAAACAUAAUAUAAAAGUAAAAACUAAAUAAACGGACGCGAAUAUAAAAACAAAUAUACAUACACACAACAAAACAACAGCAAAAGGAGGAAGCCAGCUGGAGCACAGGACGGGGAACAAACCAAGAAGAAGGCAUUAAGGAAGCAUGAGCACAUGCAUACACGCAACAAAACGUACCAAACCGAGCACCAAGUGAGCGUAUUAUGUUCAUCUUAAUUUAAUAUGCAUAUUAUGCAAAUACAGUGGAACUUCUUUAUAGUGAACUUCCCUACAAUGAAGCUCUCCCUAUAAUGAAGUCAUUUUGAAGACACAGCUUUUUGGUUCUACUUUCGGUGCAUUUUUGUCUCCUUAUAAUGAAUUUCUAUAUAGUGAAGAUUUCUAUAUAAUGAACAAAUUUUACUGCUUGAAAGUCAAGCAUCAUACGUUUUUGUCUCCGUAUAGUGAAUUUUUUCAAAAGUGGUUUCGGUUACACUCAAUUAUUUGUAACUGCAUAUUCUCAGAAAUAAACGAAAUGUAUAAAUGUAAUACAGGGAAUUCCAAAAUGAAAAUACAUACAUAUGUACAUUGUAGUAGGAGUACAGUUGUGUUAAGAAAUUGAAGUAAAAAUGACGCAUCGAAGCAGCAUUUCACUUGAAAAAAAGUUGUUAAUUAUUAACAAAGUUAAAGAAGGGAAGGUGCGAAAAAAAGAUAUUCUAAAAAAUAAGGAAAUGAUUUUGAAAAAUGUAGAAGAUGCAGCAAUUAGCGUAAAACGCAAAAGGCUUCAAACUUGCCAGUUUGAGGAUAUUGAUGAAGCAGUGCUGAAAUUGAUAGUCGUUGCACGUGGUAAGAAUCUUCCUUUAUCUGGAACAAUAUUGAAGCAAAAGGCCAAAGAUUUUGCUGAAGCACUAGGACACCAUGAAUUUGAGGCAAGUACAGGUUGGUUCAAAAGACGCCAUGGUAUUGUUCAAAAAACGUUAUGUGGAGAAAGUGCUGACGUCAACCUACAAAAUCGCGAAGAAUGGGUAAUGAACGUUUUACCAAGAUUGAUUGAAAAUUACAACGCAAACGACAUCUUUAAUGCCGAUGAGACUGGAUUGUUUUUCAAAUGUCUGCCAAAUAAAACACUGACAUUCAAAACUGAGCAAUGGUUUGGGGGAAAACAAAGCAGGGAGAGAAUAACUGUCAUGAUGGGAAGGAAUAUGACUGGAUCGGAAAAACUUAAAUUGCUUGUAAUCGGAAAGGCGAAGAAUCCGAGGUGCUUUGAGGGAGUAAAAUCGUUAGAUGUCGAUUAUGAGUUUAACAAAAAAGCAUGGAUGACCAAUGAGAUUUUUACCAAAUGGAUUCUAAAGCUGGACAAAAAAUUUGGUAACCAAGACAGGAAGGUCUUACUUUUUGUUGAUAACUUCACUGCGCAUCCUAGAGAUGUAAAAGACAAGCUAAAAAACAUACAGCUUGCUUAUUUUCCCCCCAACAUGACUUCGUUACUGCAACCAAUGGACCAAGGCAUUAACUACAACAUAAAACAACAUUACAGGAAACGUAUUUUAACGAAUAUAUUGGCUCAGCUGGAUGGGGGAACUUCUGUUUUUACCAUAGACUUACUCCACGCUAUUCGAAAUUUAAGCACUGUAUGGGAUGCCUAUGUUAAACCAGAAACAAUUGCCAACUGUUUUAGAAAGACAGGAUUUUGAUGCCAUGCAAAAUCCAUCUGAGCAGUGGGAUGAAGAAGACCUUUCAAUAGCGGAUUUGGCUGCUCUGCAGUCUUCAUUUAAAAAAGUGACAAAUAUCGAGGCAUCAUUUGAGGACUAUGUCAAUGUUGAUAUUGAUGUGCCGACCUCGAAAAACCCGUCCGAGGAAGAUAUCGUCAGCAGCGUUCUAGAAAGUUGCGGAGUUCUAGCUGUACCUGAUAUCGAUGAAGUCGAUUUGAACACUGAAGAAGAAAUGGCAGAUACUCAUGAGGCAUUACCUACAUUAGGACACGUUUUUUCUUCCAUUAACUGCAUUAGAACCUUUGCGGAGAUGAAAAGUGACGUACCGAUUAAUGUUUUUAACUGUCUAAAUGAUUUGGAAGCUUUUGUUGAAAAUGAAAAAUGGAAGAAUGUAAUUCAAACCAAACUUACUGAUUAUUUUAAAUAAAAUUACAAAAGAAAAAAUUAAUUUCUAUAUAGUGAAGUCUCCAUAUAGUGAAGCGAUUUUCAGGUCCCCUGCGAAUUCACUAUAAGGAAGUUCCACUGUAUGUAUGAAUAAUAUUACAGUUUUAUUUGAGAUAAAACUUGUAAUAAAAAAUACCCUCUAACGGCUUGAUAAAAAAAUCAAACACGGUAAAAGCCGCAAUACCGCUUAGUGCAAUAUAAAUACAUAUGUACCAUAUAUACAUACAUAUGUGUACAUACAUAAUAACAUAUAACAAGUUUUAAAUUUAAUGCUUAUAUACAUAUGCUGUAUAUACAUAUGUAUUCCAAACACAAUAAACCUUCCAACAAAAUAAAUAUUCAAAAAUUUACUUGAAUAUUUUUUUUU